AUGGACUCGGAUAACGUACGAUUAACAGACUCAUCUACUAAGAAAAGUGAAAAAACCCCAUCUGCAGGCACAAGUGCUCCGUCAAAAAUGCGCAUUUUGAAUUCAAAAAGAUCGAACCGUGUGCGAAUCAUGAAUGAACUGAAACCUUUCCUACCAUUAUUGCCGAAUGUAGCUGAUAUGGAAAUACAAGAACAAAAGCAGCUUUUUCAACAGCUUUAUUCCGCUGGAAUAGCUGCCUCGGCCUCGCUACAUAAGUGGCUUACAAUGAGUGCUGCCCAACAGUUCCCUGGAUUUUGUGCCAAAUUUGGUGCUACAGCGUGUGUUGGUGGAAUAAAGGAGGAUUUGUGUAUUGAUAGUGCACAAGUUGAGAAAGCCUAUGAUAUUGCAACGGCCCUUCAGAAUACGCAGUUGCCUCCGAGUCAGCAAAUUCCAUUCACUUCAGAAGAUGCGGAGGCGCUGAAAACCCUUUCUCGUUCGGGCAUAUUGGACGAUGCUGUCGAGUCUUUGCGACAGUUCCCAUCAUUGGAAGAGGACUUACUUGGUCUAAAAGAAGAUCUUGCAGCUGCGAGUCUUAUCACGCCUGAUAUUGCGGCUGCUGCUUUAUCUGCCUUUGCUGCCGCUACGUUACGUCGGCCUCCUACACGAACAAUAGAAAGUCUAAUGGCAAGUUCUCAGGAUCCUGUAACUACAAAUGGAGGCCCCGAUUCUACAGAUGAUGAGUCAUUGGAGCUGAAUCUCAGCGAGGAUGAAUCGGAAGAUAAUGGCGACAUGUUAUUAAACCUCGCUGUCUCUGCUGGGUACUUAGAUCUGACUAAAGAACUGGUUGAAAUCCGAGGAAACCCGAAUUACAUUAGUACAAAUAAUGAUCGUACACCGUUGAUGGAAGCUUGUUGUGCAGGACACAGUGAUAUCGUCAAACAUUUGCUGGAACAUGGUGCUGACAUGAAUGCUGUGAGUGCAACCAAAAAUACUCCACUGAUUUACGCAUCAGCUGCUGGUAACGUAGAGUGUGCGAGCUUACUACUGGAUUACGGUUGUGAUAUCACGAUACGGAAUGAUAAUGGACACUGCGCCCUCAUGGAAGCAGCUAGUUCUGGUUAUCUAGACGUUGUUUCCCUUCUUGUUCAGCAUGGAUUUCAAGUGUUGCCAUGUAAUCAGAGUGACUUGAAAGUUGGAUUGGAAUCGGCUUUGACCUUAGCAGCUUAUAAAGGUCAUUAUGAUGUAGUUCAGUACUUGCUGGAAAAAGGUGCCAACAAAUAUAAAGAAGAGUUACAUACCGCUCUUAUGGAAGCAUCAAUGGAUGGUCACUAUGAAGUGGCAAAGUUGCUAUUAGAUAAUGGUGCUCCAGUAAAUUUGGCAUCGGACUCAUUUGAGAGUCCGUUAACUUUAGCUGCUUGCGGCGGACAUCCUGAUUUGGUGCGACUCUUAUUGGAAAGAGGUGCUAUCGUGGAAGAAGUAAAUGAUGAGGGUUACACACCUCUGAUGGAAGCAAGCCGAGAAGGGCAUUUAGAAGUUGUUAGGUUGUUGAUCAAAUUCGGUGCAAAAGUCAAUAUACAGACUGAUGAAACUGGUGAAACUGCUUUGACACUGGCAGCUUGUGGUGGCUUCAAAGAUGUUGCGGAAUUGUUGGUGCGAAGUGGUGCGCGUCUGGAUAUCGGCGCUAAUACACCGUUAAUGGAAGCUGCUCAGGAGGGACAUCUUGACACCGUUAGGUUCAUCCUUAAUGAAAUGCGUUCACUUGGCUUGCCAAUCGAUGCCACAACAACAGCAAACAGCAAUACGGCGUUAACUUAUGCUGCAGAAAACGGUCAUUUGGAUGUGUGUGCUGUAUUAAUCGAAUUUGGUGCCAAUAUUGAUCAUCAAGCGGAAAAUGGACGUACAGCCUUAAUGAAAGCAGCAAAGAAUGGGAAUUACAGUGUGAUCCAAUUUCUCCUAAUGCGAGGAGCAAAGGUAAACGAGGUUUCCACAGACAAUGAUGCCAGUGCAUUAUUCCUAGCGUGUGCUCAUGGUCAUUGGGAAAUUGUGCGAUUAUUGCUGGAUCAUGGAGCUGAUCCGUCUCAUGUGUUUAAAGAUGGUAUGACUUGUAUGAUCGAAGCAUCACGGAAUGGACAUACGCGCGUGGCAGAAACACUUUUGAAUUGGCAUGAUGCGCCUGUUGUGACGCGCACACCUCUUCUGGGAAAACCACUUGCAUUACAAAAUAGUCGUUUGAAAAAGGUUGCACGACGAACAGUGAGUAAAAAGGCGACCGCUAUCGUACAACCAAAAGUUGAAUGUGCUGAGAAAUCGUUGAACAACUUGGCAGUCGAUCUAGAUGAAAAGAUAGGAUGCUCAGAUGGAACUACAAUAUCAACAUCAACGACAGCAGUCACAACGGCAGGAAUGCAUCCGCAGUGUACGCAUGAUUCUCAUCCCGUAUCUGGAACACAUAAUGUUUCAACAAAUGCAAGCAUACCAGCUCAUUUGCUUGCACAUUAUAAUUAUCAAAAUGCGAUAAAUCCAGAUGAAUUGCGGGGUAUGAUUGCCGGGAUGGCUGCUAUGGCUGCACAGUCUAAUGCGCUCCCUAACGAUCAUUUAUUCGCGCAGAUAGCAGAAAAAGCAUUACGUGGUACAUUUGCAAAUAAUGAAAUUACUGGUGGCUUAGCCGAUAAAAAAAUGCAUCAGCAGUUCAGUGAAUUACUGAAGCAACAAUUUAGCAUAUUAGCAAAUCGGCAGAAAGAUGCAUUGGCUGGUUUAGGGGGUGCAAACUCUCUACCAGAUUCUGAAAAUGGUGGCAGUACAUCAUAUAGUCCUUCGGUAACUCCAUCUCCAUCACCUCCAAUGAUUGCUUGUUGUGAAACUACUGCAGCACAUGCAGCUGUGGCACAUUCUCCCAAUCCAGCUGCAGAUACGAGGAGAAAGGACAGUACGUCAAAUGAAAGACAAAAAACUACUGGAGGACGUGGGACACAGCAGAAAAAAGGUGGUAAAAGCAUCAUUCUGUCAGAUGGUGAAUAUAGGGGUUGUUUUCCACCAGCAUCUUCUCUCAGAUUCCCAGCACCACCACCACCAGUAAUGAAUGCAAACCUUCCACGUGAAAGUGUGCCGUUGUCACCACUGAAAGCGCAGCAUUUACUGAGACAGCAGUCACCGCCAUCAACUAAACAACUCAUAUCAGAUCCAGCGAUUGGGCGACAACGCUCGAAGCCUGUUCGCGAAGCAACCGGUGAUGAGUCAUCAGCUGACAGGAAUGCGUCAAGAAGUCGAGGUAGAACACUAAGUGAGAGCGCAAUGCACGUUGGUGACGGACAACAUACAACUGAAAGAACGUAUGAUACAGAGAGUGACGAAGAAAUUAGUAGCAGAAGUGAUCUUAAAAGUGGAGGUUCUCAGCCAUUUAAUGUAGAUAUGCAAACUGAAUCAAAUCAUGACACUGCUCUUACUCUAGCCGCCACAGGUGGGCAUGAUUCUCUCGUUGAACUCCUUAUUACUCGAGGUGCUAACAUCGAGCAUAAGGAUAAAAAGGGUUUUACCCCAAUUAUAUUAGCUGCAACAGGUGGUCAUGUAAAUGUUGUUGAAUUACUACUCAAUCAUGGUGCUAACAUUGAAGCUCAAUCUGAUCGCACGAAGGAUACGGCUCUAUCUCUUGCCUGUUCCGGUGGACGGAAAGAGGUUGUUGAGUUACUGUUAAAACGUGGUGCUAACAAAGAACAUCGUAACGUGAGCGACUAUACUCCACUUUCAUUAGCUGCCUCUGGAGGUUAUGUUGAUAUCGUGAAUUUGCUUCUAAAUAAUGGUGCAGAAAUUAACUCCCGCACUGGCUCAAAGUUAGGCAUAUCACCACUUAUGUUAGCAGCAAUGAAUGGACACGCUGCGGCAACAAAAGUGUUACUUGAACGUGGUUCGGAUAUAAAUUCGCAUAUUGAAACGAAUCGUAAUACUGCACUGACAUUGGCAUGCUUUCAAGGUCGUACCGAUGUGGUACGAUUAUUGCUUGAAUACAACGCUAAUGUUGAGCAUCGAGCAAAGACUGGACUUACUCCAUUAAUGGAAGCAGCGAACGGAGGUUAUGUGGAUGUUGGAGAAUUGUUAUUAGCUGCUGGAGCAGAUCCAAAUGCAUCACCAGUCCCUUCUAGUCGUGAUACUGCACUAACCAUCGCAGCUGAUAAAGGACAUCAUAAAUUUGUUGAAAUGCUGAUUCAUGCGCGUGCCUUGAUUGAUGCCAGAAAUAAGAAAGGAUGUACGGCUUUAUGGUUGGCAUGUCAUGGAGGUCAUCUGGAAACGGUGCAAACAUUAGUAAAACAUAAUGCAGAUGUUGAUGUGCAAGAUAAUCGCCACGUUUCACCAUUAAUCAUUGCUUUCCGAAGAGGACAUAUCAAAGUAGUGAAGUAUAUGGUAAGACAUGUACAACAAUUCCCAAAUGAUACAGAUUGCUAUCGUUUUAUCGCUACAAUCAAUGAGAAGGAUUUACUUACAAGAUGCCACCUCUGUAUGGACAUCAUUGUUGCAGCAAAAGAUCGACAAGCUGCUGAAGCUAAUCGUGCCGCAGAAUCUCUUCUGGAAAUUUUGGCGAAAGAGGAAGAGCAAGCUAAAUCAAAGAAACUCUCAAAACAGCGACAAAAUGAGAAGAAAAAGGCUAAACGAAAAGCUAAGAAAAAUCAAACUGACGGCAAUACUGAACAGAAAGAUUCGGAUCGUAAAGAAGAUGCACCCAUCAAUAAUGGUGAGGAAUCAGCCGAUGAAGAAAAUGGCUCUGAAAAAGCAAGCAGCGGUGUAGCAGUUGACGAAAGUAAUACUCAGAAUCGUGAUUCGGACCACGAGUAUUUUCAAACGGAUCCGCCGCGUGUGCCUGCAUUGUUAUCAGACGAACAUAGUGCCGACGAAAUGGUUUCGUUCCCUGAAACAUCACCCGGAAAACGCAUGGUGGCGUCGACUAUUUCUGUUAUUGGGAAGUCAUCAAGACAUAGAGUUCGGAAAGAAAGUGGAAAAUCUGCUGCUCCUGUGAAAUCGCCUCCACAUAAAACGGGUAGUGGAAAUACUUCGGAUACCGAAUGGAUGAAAGCAACAUCAAGAAGGAGUGCGGGAAAAGCAGUGAUGUCAGGGAAAGGUGCUAUUGCUGGUACUGUUUUAAAGGAAGACAGUGCAAGUAACACUGUGGCAUGGCGGCAUGUUGACUCGAGCCGUCGACGUUCCGUCCGGUUGUCCGUAUCGUCAAACUCAAUAGCCCGUGUUAUUGGUCGCGCAGGAGGUAAUAUCAAUGCAAUUCGUGAAGCUACCGGAGCAUACAUCGAAGUUGAAAAGCAAACCGGAAAGAAGGAACAACAUGAUCGACAAAUAACACUAAAGGGCUCUGAUAUUGCGUUAAGGCAAGCCGUCGAAAUGAUACAUGGUUUAAUCGAUGAUAGUGAAUGUAACGUGGAAGAAGUAAUUCAGCGAGUGAGUAGUACCCAUAAUACUUCCACUUCGCAAAGUGAGGAAAAUACUAGUCGAAGUAAUUCGGUGUUAACAUUAUCUAGUAUUACACCUACAGCGACAAUACCAGUUACUCAGAAAAAGUCUCAUACCAUCGGUACUGCAGUAUCACAUCCACCAUUGGAGAUGUCGCAUAAUGGAGUAGCAGGCAAGAAGACUAUCCCUUAUAAUGCUACUACGAAUGUAUGGGCACAGCGGGCUGCACAACGUCAAAGUCAGAAAGUAGUGAGCGCAAUUGGUUCAGAAAAGAAGCAGAAAAUGUCAUCUGGUGCUGCAGAACAGGAAAAUCCGAAUCCUGAUCAGGCACUACAACUCAGAACACCUGGAAUAGUGUAUCCUAUGCAGGAGAUGCCAGCUGUGGAUGCGGCUGUCCUCAACAUUGGGGAUGAAACGCAGAAACGUGGGUUGAAAGAAUUUUGUCGAGCGCCUGGGCAUGCAAGACCAACUUCUGCAUCUGCUUCAAGUCCUUCAGUUUCACCGAUUGGCUUAAAGUCCCCGAUUCAUAUUGGACCUGGUAGCGCUAUAGUGGCUUCUUCGAUCGGUACGACCAUACCAACUGCUACAAUGACUGAUAUAAAGCCUAGAACGGAAUCAUUUGAAGCUGGGCCGAAAAUUGAAUUUCCCCAAAAUGUUCCAACCACUGCUCCACUACCUUCCGCAUCAGAUAUUGCCGAAAGGAAAUUACAACCACUUCUUGGUACAACUAAAUCGAAUUUGGGUGCACUGAAGACCAGUUCGAUCGAUGAAAAACUGUUUUCGUCACUGGAUCCCACUCGCCCAAGUAUUAUGCCGUCGUCAAUCGCCAACAUUUGGGAUGAUAACAUUGUUGACGAUAAACCUUGGGCUGUUCCUGCACCUUUAGCACCAGUGCAAUUGGAAGAUUUUGCGCGAAAUAUCAACGUGCAGCUACCGACUUCAGCAAAGCCCGCUAGAGAUUACCCAAAUCCCAACAGUGCGGCUGAUCAUGUGGUCGAUUUGGCUAAAAAUAUCGCCAGUUUACGGACAUCCGAAGAUAGGCCAGUCGAUACGACAGGUAGCGAGGCUGUGGCGCGACGCAGUUUCUUGGGUGAGAAUAUACCGCCCUUCGAUUUGAAUGUCCCUUUUUCAAAUCGUGAUCCUAUUGAUUGGGGUAAUGCAGGACCUUUUCCAACAGAUACAUUUGCACGUUGGAGAAGUGCCCAGUUAGAUUCAGCUCCAAUGACGGGAUCUACUCAAGAAAUCGACAGCUCUUCUUGGAUAGAUCAAGUAGCAGCCCGCCUAGCAUCUACCCGCCAGGAACAUCCACCGUUUCCACCGACCACUUCUUAUGCAGUCUCGGGGAAUUCAGGACAUGUUACGGGUUCUUUCGGAACUGAUAUAGCAAACGUUAAUCUUAGUCAGCAACAGUCGGCGCAGGCAUGGAGUCGCAUGCACUUUCAGCAGGCUGCACAAGCUGCCAGUAAUGAAUAUGAAAGUUUGACAAACCUUCUCAGUUCAUAUCGGCCUACAAAUCCGCAGCAUCAACCGGUACCUUUGCAGCAGCAACCAUCCCAGCCAAUUUUGCCAGUGGGAAAUAUUAAUUACAGUGCUGCAACUACAGCUGUUGGACCGACCAGUUUUCGAAUACCUGCACCACGUUCCCAGAUUGCAAAUACGUCAAUCCCACCACCACCUUUCUUUAAUUCUCAAAUUCCGCCACCAUCUUCCAUGUCGCACCAUGGUGGCAUUCCGAUUACUCAGUCUUCAACGAGUGCGGCUUGGUCAUCAAUUCACUUUGGUGGGCAAGCACAGACAAAUACCGUUACUGAAAGUACGCAAUUUCCACAAUACCCAAGUACUACACGUGGAAAUUGGAGUUACAACUGGUGAAAGAAAUGACUGUUUUUUAACCAUCGCAUUGUUAUAUUGGCAGCCUGCAUCAUUCAGUGCUUCUCCAGUUUCAGAUUUUCUCCUUUUGGUUUUUAGCACAGCAUCUUUACUUUUUCCUGUUUUGCAAAUUUCAAUUAAAGCAAAUAUUUGCAAUUUUAGAUAUUCGUGUAUAAACGUUGCACUCAUUGUCUGUUCGUUAUUGAAUUUAACUUCUACUGGUUAAUCGCACUUCCACUAACUUUUUAAUUUUUCUGAAUUUUUAUUAAUUUUUGGAAUUUAUAGCAGAAAGAGCUGCUUUUCUUGAACGGCGUAUUAUUGGGUGUGAAAUAAUCCAUCUAAUGGAGUAUUUCUUAUCGUUUGUUAGUUCUUAUUAACUAUUGUGUUCUUUGAUGCUG